GACUAUUUUAUUAUUCCCUAAUAAACCCCAAUAUUUUGUAGUUUUAUUAUUUCUCAAAAAGCCCCAAAUCUGUGUUCCAUGUUUGGUAAAGCUUAAGCUCUGUUCGUAUUGUUUCGUGAUUCCAUGGCUACUAAUUUCUGGACUUCGACUCACUACAAACAGCUUCUAGACCCAGAAGAUGUGGAUGUGGUUCAUCAACUCGAUAAAGACAGAGGCAUGACUCUUGAGGAUUUCAAGCUCAUCAAGCUGCACAUGGCUAAUUAUAUUGCAAGAUUGGCUCAGAAUGUGAAAGUUCGACAAAGGGUUGUUGCUACUGCCAUUACAUACAUGCGACGUGUUUUUGCCAGGAGAAGUAUGAGUGAAUACGAUCCUCGUUUGGUUGCUCCAGCAUGCUUGUACUUGGCAUCCAAAGCCGAAGAAAGCACAGUGCAGGCUAGACUUCUCGUAUUUUACAUCAAGAAAUUAUAUUCCGACGAAAAGUAUCGGUAUGAAAUAAAAGAGAUACUUGAAAUGGAAAUGUAAAUUUUGGAAGUCCUCAACUAUUAUUUAGUCGUAUUCCAUCCUUAUCGAGCACUUUCUCAGCUGCUUCAGGACGCUGGCAUGAACGAUGCAACGCAACUAACUUGGGGACUCGUUAAUGAUACUUACAAGAUGGAUUUGAUUCUUACAUACCCUCCUCACUUGAUUGCAUUAGCUUGCUUAUACAUUGCAAGCGUGCAAAAGGAUAAAGAAAACACCGCCUGGUUCGAAGAGCUUCGAGUUGAUAUGAAUGUGGUGAAAAACAUUGCAAUGGAGAUAUUAGAUUUCUACGACAGCCACAAACUUAUUACGGAUGAAAGGGUGAACGCGGCCAUGAACAAGGUAGCCAAAUGAUUAUUACUUGCUUGUAAAAAUCGAUGGCUAUCGUGUAUUGAUUAUUAUUAAUUGGCAUUGUAUACAUUUAGGCCAUGUUCGGUAACUAGGAUUAUGCUUGAUAUGACUGUAUAAUCAAGCUCUAUUCGAACGUUUCAAAUCAAUGAGAUAAAAAAAAAGGCAUGGAUUGUAACGAAGCGUACGAAAGGGUAUUUUAGUCCAGAUUCAGCUCUUAUUGUAAUCAUAAAAUAAUAUCAUUACGACGAACAAUGUAAUCAUGUUCGAUCUAAUCAAUCUCAACAUUUUCCGAAA